GUGUGUUGUGUGUCGGCUAGAAAGUGAGCCUGGGUUUCCAGCUGAGUGCUUGCUCUCUCUCAGUGUGUGUGUGUGUGUGUUGUCAUUAUUAUCCAGUCUGCUCCCAGCUCAGAAUGGCCAGAUUCACUCAGACUGAAACAAGACGGCAGCAGCAGCCACAGCAGCCCCAUCCCGCUCACACCAGCCUGGUUUUCACUGGACCGGGGGCAGCACCGACCCAACAUCCACUACUACUGAUCCCGCACCAGCACCAGUACUCUCAGAUCACAUUUCCAAAACCCAUGAACGGGUCAGAAUCCAUUUCCAUUCAUCCGGACAGCGGCAACAUGAAAGACCAAGAUGCCAUAAAGCUGUUUAUCGGGCAAAUACCGCGGAACCUAGAGGAAAAAGACCUGAAACCUCUAUUCGAACAGUUUGGGAAAAUCCACGAAUUGACAGUUCUGAAGGACCGAUACACCGGGAUGCACAAAGGCUGCGCCUUCCUUACCUACUGUGCCCGUGAGUCGGCCAUCAAAGCCCAGAAUGCCCUCCAUGAACAGAAAACACUGCCAGGGAUGACUCGCCCCAUCCAGGUGAAGCCUGCUGACAGCGAGAGCCGUGGAGAAGACAGGAAGCUAUUUGUGGGGAUGCUGAACAAACAACAGACUGAGGAGGAUGUGUACCGCCUCUUUGAGCCCUACGGAGUGAUUGAGGAGUGCACCGUGCUAAGAGGUCCGGACGGAAACAGCAAAGGCUGUGCCUUUGUAAAGUUCUCUACGCACGCCGAAGCUCAAUCUGCAAUCAGCGCCCUGCACGGCAGCCAGACCAUGCCAGGCGCCUCCUCUAGCCUGGUGGUGAAGUUUGCAGACACCGACAAAGAGCGCACCAUCCGCCGCAUGCAGCAGAUGGUGGGCCAGUUCGGCAUCUUCAACCCUGCCAUCGCCCUGCCCUUCAGCACCUACAGCACCUAUGCGCACGCGCUGAUGCAACAACAGGCUGCCAUCAUGGCCGCCACCCAUGGGGGCUACCUGACACCAAGUGUGGCCUUCCCCGCUGCACAGAUCCACCAGAUGGGGGCGCUCAAUAUCAAUGGCUUGCCGCCCACUCCCAUGACCCCGGUGUCGGGUGAGUUGCACCAGGCCCUGGGUCUCAGCUCUCCACCCGCCAACAUUGCCACCUCCGCUGUGCCGAGCAUCGUCACCCCCAUCGUCAACGGCUUCACCGGCAUCCCCCACCAGCCCAACGGACACCCUGCCGUGGAGGCUGUCUACACCAACGGCCUGCCUCCCUACUCCGCCCAGAGCCCCACAGCUGCCGAUACUCUCCAGCAAGCCUUUACCGGCGUACAGCAAUACACAGCUAUUUACCCAGCAACCACACUGACCCCUAUUGGCCAGACACUGCCACAGCCACCCCAGGUCAUCCAGCAGCAACAGCAGAGGGAAGGUGAGGGACCGGAGGGCUGUAACCUCUUCAUCUACCACCUGCCACAAGAAUUUGGAGACAAUGAGCUCAUGCAGAUGUUCCUGCCCUUUGGAACGGUCAUCUCCUCCAAGGUCUUUAUGGACAGAGCCACCAAUCAGAGCAAGUGCUUUGGUUUCGUGAGCUUUGACAACCCAGCCAGUGCACAGGCUGCCAUCCAGGCCAUGAAUGGCUUCCAAAUCGGCAUGAAGCGGUUGAAAGUCCAGUUGAAACGACCGAAGGACGCUAGCCGCCCCUACUGACAGACCCUGCCACUCAGUAUUAACUGCAACAGCACAGGUUUUGAAGAGAAGUGAAGAUAUCCUGAAGGAGUUAAACUUUUUCUUUGAAAACAAACAAAAAUAAGUAAAAAACAAAACCGUGAAAGGGAUUUUGAAGACAUAUCAGCAUUUACUUAUGAAGAGAAACUGCGGCAACGAGAAGUGCUAAGAAGUUUGCACUGUAUCAAGGGACGACACCAACAGCAGCAACGGCAGAUCAAGAAGGACAAAAAGCAUUAAACAAAGCGUAAAUGAACAAAACGUGAAACUUUGAACAACAGAGCUUUUUUUCUCGUUGAGACUUGAAUUGUUAAUUAAGCAACAAACAAACAAAAAAGCAGCAACAACAACAAAUAGAUUUCUAUAUACAUAUUAUAUACACAUAUAUAUAAAGAAAGAGGCGCUUGUGGCUUUUACUAUACUGGACAAAUGAGGGUUAAAACUUGAAGAUCAAGGAAAAAAAAAAAACAGUGGAAAAAAGAAGUUUUUUUCUGCCCCACUGGUGGACUUGCCAUUUCUCUCUUUCUCUUUCCCUCUUUCUCUUCCUCUUUCUCACGUCUCUCUCAGCAAGCGCAGAACUAUGACUUUCUGAGGUCACUGAGGUUUCCAUAGCUACAGUACAACUGAAAAUCUCGCACCCCUUAGGGACCAAAGGACCAAACAUUUUUAUUGUUCUCAACAGUAAUGUAUAAUAUUAAUAUGAAUAAUACUAAUACUACAAACUACUACUAAUAAUGCUACAAGUAAGAAUAAGAAGAAAUACUAGCUUCAGGGUGGAGGAGGAAAGGGGUUUUGGUUUUGCCUUUAUGCUACUGGGUUUCAGAAUAUUUAAAGAAAAUGCAAAAAGAAAAAAAAAAUAUUUUAAAAGCUAUAAUAGGAGAAUAUUUUAAAGCUGUUUUAGUGGCGUAGAAUAUGUGGAUUAGAGAUUGUUGCGGGCAUGUUCAGAUCUGCAAUUAGCAGUCACACCUCACCCAUGGAAACAAGUGUCAGAUCCGGAGGCUUUAUCUGGGACACUCGGGCCAUCUUAACAUCCUGGUAAUAUUUUCUUUCAAAAUAAGCAAAAGGAGAGAUGCAAUAAAGUGCUUUACUGAGGUAAUGGAUACAGCUUGGCCUCAGAUGAGCUGCUCCUCAUACAAAGCUCUUGCAUUUUAGAAGCAUGGGGCAACACAAUACAAAAUUCUGUUUAUGCAUAUCUUAUCAUAUUUAAGCCACAUCCUUCUGAGAUGCUGUGCCAUCAUGGUUUUCAUGGCAUACUGUGCAGUGUUCAAGGCUUGUAAUACCACACGGACAUGUUCCAGCUUACCUUGGCAGCAGGCCAGAAGGUGAACUGCAGAACGCUAGCUGAAUGGGAAAAAAUAUUAGCUGUAUGACAACAAAUUUAGCUUACUUGGUUGACCUUGCACCAUAUAUGAAUACAGUAAUGAGCCACCUGGCUCUUUUUUCCACCAACUACCUUUUCACAACAGAUUGCUGUGGUGGGGAAUGACACCGUAGGCUACCUGUAUUGAUCCUUGGAUCACACAAUUAGAGUGCAUGCAGUUACAGGCCCGCAGGUCUUCUCUGCCUAUGGUACACACACCCUUGUGCCAAACACAUAGUACACAAAGAAAUCUCCUUCCCUUGAACAUUGAUAACAUAUCCUGAGGCAAGCUGGCAGAACCGCAAAGAUAUUUUGCUCCUCCAUUUUCUAUCACAGGUGCUCACUGUGUGAGAGUGUACUUGAAUAGAUUGUGAAACAGGUUUUCAAAAACGGGGGGCGUAUUUCUGUACGCUUCUGUACAGAAGAAGAGCAAGCAUUAAUUGCCCCCCUCCUUUAUAUUCUGCAAUGGUCUUGCCUGCCAAAAAUGAGGGCACUGCACACUGCCACCCUACCCUCUAGGAAGUGAUAUAUUUUCUUUGUGGGCAACUGAUCUGAUCCAGUGCAGCAGAGGUAUCCCAUGUCAGGAACACAAAGGCAGCAUCAUUAAAGCGCUGAAAAUACAGAUAAUCUGACAAUAAAGCACAGCGGUAAAAGUGCCACGCACUACCAAGGUCUUACCGCCGUAAAACGUGCGACAGCUUUAACUGGUUAAUAAAAUACACAAAUUACCCUGACAGUGGUUCUGUAAGUGCCACAUGGACAUCGCGGUGCCUGCCGGGUGUUGGGCGUUCUUCCCCAGCUGUUCACGGCAGGGGGACCCCCCUCUCAAGCACAUCACUUUUAAUAGGGACCAUCACUUCGCAGGGACCUGAGAGCUAACUCGCACCAUAAUUAGGAUAAUGCUAAUAUUGAUCAGACGGCAAGCUGCUCUGCGGGGCAAAGAGACGCACAAUCAAUUAUACAUUGGCAUUUCCAACGAAUUGACUGACUGACAGAGUUCAUUUUUCACGCACCAGUUGACGAAUGCUGAGCGGCCGUGCUAACAUCAGAGAGGAGGGGCUGCAUAUUACUGGAAAUAUAACAUUAUAAUGUUUUAUGUUUUGUAACUGAUUCUUUUCAUAUUGAAGGGACAGUGAUAGGUGGAGGGAAACUGCGAUGUGGCUUAGAGCAGCCUAAAGUGCCCAUACUUCUUGCGCUCAGACAGGCAUUGUGUUUAAGUGCAUUGCUGUAGCUUGCCGAAAAAAGCAAAAGCUUUUGGAUCAAAGGCAGUGCAGGCAGGCAGAUUGUGCUUCCCCCUUGGGAACAGCUUGGUUUUAAGAGCCUUAUGAGGUCAAAUUAAGAGCGAAAUGAUCCAUCAGACCUGACAGUAAAGAUGGGA